AUGACCGAAAAGUGCGUCCACAAGGGGUGUGGGAAGACCUUCUCCGAUCCGGAGGAAGACUGCGUCUACCAUCCGGGUCCUCCAGUGUUUCACGAAGGCCAGAAAGGCUGGAAAUGCUGCAAACCCCGCGUCUUGACUUUUGAGGAAUUCCUCGCGAUCGCGCCAUGCACCACUGGCAAGCACUCGACUGUCGAUGACACCCCCGCUCCAGAACCCCCCAAGGCCACCGAAGAGCCCCCUGUUCCUGCUCCCGCACCCGUCCAAGUGAAGACGCUGCCCGAGCGCCCCGCCAUCACCGCCAUUGCGCCGCCCACGCCCCCCGCCAACCCCUCACCAACAGAGCCUGACUCGGACGACCCGUCGCUGGAUAUUCCUGCCAACGCAACAUGCCGUCGCAGAGGCUGUGGCACUACAUACACGGGAUCCGCGGCGCGGGAUGACGAGAAAUGCGUGCACCACCCAGGCCAACCGAUCUUCCACGAGGGCAGCAAAGGAUGGACCUGCUGCAAGCGCCGUGUGCUUGAGUUUGACCAAUUUCUGAAGAUCCCCGGCUGUACCGAGAAAACAAGACACAUGUUUGUGGGCAAGCCCAAGCCUGAAGGCGAAGAGAAGGUGGAAUCCGUUCGCAAUGACUUCUACCAGACCGCGACCUCCGUGAACGUUUCGCUCUACUUGAAAAAGAUUGACAAGGAGCGUGCCAGCGUCAAGCUUGCCGAGAAGUCUAUUACUUUCGACCUACCCACCUCCGAUAACAAGCGCUUCCAGGACACCUACAGCCUCUUUGCUCCGAUUGAUGCAGAGAAGUCGAGCUUCCGUGUGUUGGGUACCAAGCUGGAGCUGACACUGGUCAAGGCCGACGGCACCAGCUGGCCGGUGUUGCGCAGCGAUGAUAAGUGGACUGGAGAACGCAUUCAGAUUGGCAAUGCCGGACGGGCAUAA